UAUUCACCGGAGAAGAAGAAAGAAAGACAACAACAUGGCGGCGCCCUCAGAGCACGUUGAACCACCAGAACCCGAGUCAGCAGAGACCACCAGAGACCCGGAGACCGCAGACACCUCAGACUCGGAACCAGCAGCCCAGGACCCGGACGAGGACCCGGAUGAGGACCCGGAUGAGGACGAGCCGCCCGGACCCAGGACCCGAGAGACCCCGGAGGACAUCCGGCUGGAGGCCAUCGCCAACACGGUGGCUCUGCACCCGAACCGAGACCUCCUGGUCUGCGGGGACGUGGACGGGGACGUGUACGCGUACUCGUACUCGUGCACGGAGGGCGGGAACCGGGAGCUGUGGUCGUCCGGACACCACAUGAAGUCCUGCCGCCAGGUGCGGUUCUCCGCGGACGGGCUGAAGCUCUACAGCGUCUCCCGGGACAAAGCGGUCCACCUGCUGGACGCGGAGCGGGGCCAGCUGGUCACCAGGAUCCGCGGGGCGCACGGAGCCCCCAUCAACAGUCUGCUGCUGGUGGACGAGAACAUCCUGGCCACCGGAGACGAUGGAGGCACCCUGAAGGUUUGGGAUAUGAGGAAGGGGACGGCCAUCAUGGAUCUGAAACACCACGAGGAUUACAUCAGUGACAUUGCUGUGGACCAGGCCAAGAGGAUCCUGCUCACUGCCAGUGGCGACGGUACGAUGGGCGUCUUCAACAUCAAGAGACGGCGGUUCGAGCUGCUGUCGGAGUUCCAGAGUGGCGACCUGACCUCGGUGGCGCUGAUGAAGCGGGGCAGGAAGGUGGUUUGCGGCUCCAGCGAGGGGACCAUCUACAUCUUCAACUGGAACGGCUUUGGAGCCACCAGCGAUCGCUUCGCCAUCAAGGCCGAGUCGGUGGAGUGCAUCGUCCCCAUCACGGACAACAUCAUGUGCACCGCCUCCAUGGACGGGUACAUCCGAGCCGUCAACCUCCUCCCCAACCGGGUCAUCGGCUGCAUCGGGCAGCACGUCGGCGAACCCGUCGAGGAGCUCGCCAAGUCCUGGGACGCCCGCUUCCUGGCCAGCAGCGCACACGACCAGCUCAUCAAGUUCUGGGACAUUUCCAGUUUACCCAACACGACCGUCAACGAAUACCGCAAGAGGAAGAAGAAAGACGGCCGAAUGAAGUCCCUCACCAAGAAAGCCCACGGAGACAAUGACUUCUUCUCAGGACUGGUAGAGGAAACAGAAAAGAAGGAGGAAGAGGAGGAAGACGAGGAGGAGGAGGACAGUGACAGUGGCAGCGAUUAAAAAGCAGCUAGUUUCAUAUUUGAAAUGUGUCGUUGCCUUCGGACAUUUUAGUCCCUUAUAAGUGACGUGUUAUAAUCCAAAGUGAUGUGUGGGGUCGUCAGCGGGAACCGAACUGAUCUCCACAUUGACUCCGUGUUGGUCUGAACCACCACUGAUGACGGUUCACGAAUGUCGGGAUGAGGUUUAUUUCCUCACAGACACAAAUGUGUGGUUGGAUGAGCAGCGAGUACUUGCUUUCAUUCACACUGACUGUUGAACACUAAAACAAUGUGAUGGAAGGACGUACAUAAUUCAAAAGUGUAGUUCAUCUUGUGUUUAGAAAACAUAAAUGAACUUUUUUUUUUUUGUUUUUUGGAAGAACUCUUCAAAGUAGUUUUGGUAUCGGUACCGAAACUCCGGUAUUGUGUUGGAACAACAAGCCCUACGUAAAUCUAACAGGCAGAGACAGCAGCAUUUAUAACCUGUCUGCUGGGUACAUUUGUGGAUGAAUGUAUUUGUAUUAAAUUCAAUUCACCAACAUUAAAGCAUUUUAACUACA